AGCAGCGUAUCCUCAAUACAAACCCGUGUCUACAAGGAACUAGGAAGCAAAUAUUAAAAUGUAAAGAAUUUUCAGCAGAAAAAGAGGACACGAAGAUCGAGACGAUCUGGUUUGUCGCCCUACGGAGAGGUAAAAGUCGCGUUCAAGCCUCACGUACUCUCUCUAAACUUUGCUCUGUCCAGGUGGUUUGACUGAUAAAGUUUGAAUUUGAAGCGUCUCCCACUACUAAAAUGAUGGCGGCGGAUCAAACUCUGGCCGGAGUCCCCCCUUCGUUGUCUGCCAAAGUGGUUGGGUCUUUUGCUUAUUUGACUGUAAGAGACAGAUUGCCGACAAUCCUCACUAAAGUUAUUGACACAAUACAUCGCAACAAAAACAAGUUUUUUGAAGAAUAUGGAGAGGAUGGUAUCCAGGCAGAGAAGCAAACAAUAUCUCUGCUGUCUAAGCUGAGGAAUGAGCUGCAGACUGACAAGCCAGUGCUAGCAUUGACAGACGGCCUGCCAGACACAGAGUCCUGGAACCAGUACCUGAACAGACAACAGAGACUGCAAGGAGACCAGGAGUCUGUCAGCUGGUUCAAGUCUGCUUGGCUUUAUGUGGAGUGCUACAUGUACCGCAGGAUACAGGAGGCCCUCCUGCUCAAUCCUCCCAUCAGUGACUAUGAUGUCUUUAAUGAAGGAAAGACUCAGAGCUUCUUUGAGUCUCAGCAGGCUGUGAUGGCCUUAUGCACAUACUUGGAGGGUGUCAAAAAGAACAUAGAUGGGCUCUCUAGAAAUCAGCUGUUUGAGCAUUUCAACAAACUACUACUGGUUUCUCUUUGGGGGAACAAGUGCGAUCUGUCUAUCUCUGCUGGGCAAGAGAACUCCCAGAAGACGAGUCCGUUAGAUUCCCUCAACAGCUUACAACCCUUCAUCUUGGUGGACGACUCCAGCAUGGUGUGGUCGACGCUUAUUUCUGCCCAGAAGCCGGGAGAGUCAGGAAAAACCACUGCAGACAGAGUGGACAUUGUGCUAGACAAUGCAGGCUUUGAGUUAGUCACUGAUUUGAUCUUUGCAGAUUUCCUGGUUUCCUCUGGCCUUGCACGUCAGAUUUAUUUUCACGGCAAAUCAUUCCCGUGGUUUGUCUCUGAUGUCACAGCCAAUGAUUUUCAGUGGACCAUUCGGCAGACCAUGGCAACCAAUCACAAGUGGAUGUCCAAGAGUGGUUUCCAGUGGCAGACCUAUCUGAAAGAGGGUGUGUGGAGCUACCACGACCAUCCUUUCUGGACACAGCCCCAUGAGUUCUGCGACAUGGCAGCUGAUGCUCCUGACCUGUAUGCCACGCUGCAGGGGGCAGACCUGGUGCUGUUCAAAGGUGAUCUCAACUACAGGAAGCUGACGGGGGACAGGGACUGGGACCACACAGUGGCCUUUAAUACUGCGCUACGGGGUUUUAGGCCUGCCCCACUGUGUAGCUUGAGGACUCUCAAGGCCAACGUUCAGGUCGGUUUGCAGUCGGGCCAAGGGGAGAAGCUGACGUCCCAAGAUCCAAGUUGGAUGACCAGCGGCAAGUACGCUGUCAUUCAGUUCUACAACUCAAAGUCAGAAUAGUAAGACUGACCUCAGCAUCUCGCUGGAAAGACUUGGAUUUGAAAGAACAUUGCAGUAAGGAGUUACUUUGAAGCCAUAAGACAGUUUACUUAUAAGUCUGUUGAAUGGUGUCGUUGCUCCUUGUCGUCUAUUAGCACUUGAUCAAGUUUGAUACGGAAAUGCACAUUAAGAUUUAAUAAUUAUUUUCACAGUAAAUUUAUACCAUCUCAUGUUUGAAAUGUUAGCACUUUUAGAUGAGAUGCUUCACCGGUGAUUGAAAUUCAACGAUUGUUUAUGUUUUAAAUUUAUCCUUUGAAGUAACAUAUCAAGCGUGGCUUUUUUAUAACAGGCGGCUAACAUGCUGAGCACUCUGAAUAAAGUCAUGAUGUUUACAGAUCCAUGUAGAUAUGCUUUCUGAGGUAAAAGUGAAUAACAAUUGGGCUUAACAAAUCUGCAUCCUAGAGCAGUAAAACAUUUGCACGCAGGUGAGCAGAGCGAUGAUAAAUGUAAUUUAUAGUUAUUUCUAUUCAGCUCAGGUUGUUUUACUGUUGCACUCAGUAUCGUUGAUAUGCAUGCAUCAAAUCAAGCAGACAGCCACUGAAUUAAUAAAGCAGAUCAUGACAUCAUUUAAUGCCUGUGUUCCUCAGUUUGAUGGAUAAUAAAUUUUUAUUUGGGCAGUGUAACAAUAACAGUGACAACAUGUGCUUGUUUUGUUCAAAAUGGAAACCCAGACCUCUGUAUCUUUAUAGAUAAAAAUGGAUGUCUUUGUGCACACUGCAGUCAUUUACAGCCUCACCGUGGUUUCCAGUACUGCAGAAGUGAUGCUAACUGGAUUCUUGUCAGUGCUGCUGGAGGAAAGUAUGUUAGUCUCAUUAAGUGUUUUUAUUUAAUAAAUGACUGCUACCGG